AUGGUACUUUGGUACUUUGGUAGUUUGUCCGACUACGAGAACGUGGACGUGCAGCACCACUCCCGCGCCCGCCCGCCCUCCACGUACGCCCCACACCCCGCCCGCGACAGUUCCGACUCCGAGUACGACACGCCCAGACCCACGCAGGCACAACAGCAGCAGCAGCAGCAGCAGCAUUCUCACGCCCACUCCAACAGGGUGUACGGCACGAUCUCGUUCAAGCCCGUCAAGAGCCGCCGCACGUCCAAGUCACGUGACCCGCACGUGUACGAGAACACGGUGCACCGCUACGAGAACCUGAAGGAGCGCUACGAGACGCUGCGCGAGCGGGGCGAGCGGCGGCACGGCGACGGCCACGCGCGCGACCACCACUACCACACCAUCUACCGCCACCACCACGACAACGCCUCCUGGGCCGACCGCGACCACCACCGCCACCGCAACGACAACUUGCGCGACCGCAACGAGAACCUCCGGGACCGCAACGCCCAGACGCUGCCGCGGCGGCCGCGCGCGUCCUCGGCCUACGCCAAGAUCGGCGGCGGCGGCGGCGGAGGGGGCCGGGGGUGCGGCAGCGGCGACGGCGGCGGCGGCGGCGGGAGGCGCAUGGUGGACUCGUCCGACGACUCCGACGGCGACCAGAGGCCCAAGUCGCUGGACUUCUGGGACAACAAGCCGCAGAUCACGCCCACACCGCUGAGCCCACCCACUACCAGCAGCCUCCCACGCCCGACCACCCGCCGCCCUCGGCUCGCCAGGCGCAGAUCUCCAUCUUCGCCAAGAUUCAGUCUGUCUCGCGGGCGCCUGUACGGUGUUGCUGAAAAAGCAAGUAUUACGGUGUUUAUUUCCAAGAGAAUCUCAUGCCAAGGAUGGGAGAGCUCGCCGGAAUUCCACGUUUUGUCAACAGCUGUCGAUAGAGUGGACUAG